GCUGGGCGCGCUCUUGCACUUGCGACACAUAAGGUUGACACGUUUAUUCAUGGAUUUCGAGUAAUUCCACAUUAUCACGACUGUUAACAUGAAGUAAAAUCUAAAUAGACCCAAGUGGCAAAGUGUCAUUGUGAACAAUGCAAUAGAGGGCAGCGUAAGUUGCAAAUAACUUAAAUAGAUAAACUAAAAUAUUUUACGGGUCAUUUGUCUGUGUUCGUUUGUUCCUAAAAGUUAGAUGACUUGUCAUAUACUUCCAUGUCAGUGAAAACAAUUGGCGUCUCAUCUGUAAGUGACAUACCUACCAGAGGAAUUAAAGUGAGAAAUAAAAGAACCUCGAUUUCAAGAGAAUUGAUAAAACAAGUGACAUGCCUCUUGUAUCCAAGACUUCAAACGUUUGCACUUCGACAGAGCUCUUAGUUUUAUUAUAGAUAUUUAUAAAAGGUCUACAUCUACUCCCGCUCUGGAACAGCCACCAUGUGUACGAGUGACGAUGCAAUCGCGACUGUGUCUAUGACAAAACCAGUGCGGAAGGGCUACUUAACGAGAUAUAAAAAGAGAUUCCUAGGCUCCAACUGGCGAGAGGAGUGGCUGGUUCUGCACGAGGACUCCAGCCUUGAGUGGUACAAGGAGCACGAUGAGGCCGACCUCCUGGGAGCGAUCGUCCUCAAGGAGGCGCCGGAGAUGAUCGCGGCGGGGCCCUUCGCGCUGUACGUUCCGGGCCGGCCCGAGCUGCCUAAGAACGCCGAUCCAAAUAAUAUCAUGGUCUUCGGCAAUAAAACCAAGGACAAGACUCACUGGUUCCUCUGCAAAAAUGCUGAUGAACUGAACCAAUGGAUGACUGCCAUCAGCAACACGCUCCCACCGCCGCCGGACCCGCCCAAGGCGGCUGCGGACGCCGGCAAGGGCGAGCCGCCGCCGUAUGACCCCGCGCCCUCUGCCCCUCCGGAACCCUACAUCCCUGCUGGUGUGGCUACGAGCGGCGGCGGAGGAGGAGGAGGCAGAGGGUACCCAAGAGGAGGCUACGGAGGCGGAGGCUACGGGGGCGGAGGCUACGGAGGCGGAGGCUAUGGUCAAGCCCGAGGUGGAGGUGGCUAUGGAGGAGGAGGCUACGGGCGCGGUGGCUACGGAGGGCAAAAUACCGUCAUUAUAGACCGAGGGAACGACGGGGUUGGCGACUUCGCAACGGGCCUCAUGCUUGGAUCAGCGAUGGGCGGCUGGGGGCAUGGCUGGGGCUUCGGCUACGGCUUCGGGGUUCCCAUGCACAUGGGCUUCGGCUUCCACGGCGCAGGCUUCCACGGCGCAGGCUUCCACAACCAGGAAACCAACAUCACCAAUAACUACAAUAUCACCAACAAUGAGACGGUGAACAACGAGGCCGGAGCGGAGCCGGUGGACGCGCCAACAGGCGAUCCCGGGGGCGUGGAGCCCGACGCAGAGAUGAUCCCUGAAGGAGGGGACUAUGAGGACGUAGACCCCGGCUUUCUGGAGGAAGGAGGUGUGGAUCCUGGGUUCCUGGAGGACGCAGGCAUUGAUCCCGGACUCAUGGACGACGGAGGGUUUGAAAUGGGCGGCAUAGACGACAUGGGCGGAGACUUCGACGGCGGUGGGUUCGACAUGGACAUGGGGGACUUUGACAUGGGAUUCUAAUCUCUCGGGUUCUCAGGAUUACACAACACCAGUGUGCUUUAUUAAGAUAUACAUACUCAGUUGUUCAGCAAAAAUAAUUUAAACACAGUCUUUGAAUUAUUAGAUUUUCUUGACAUAUAUAUAAUU